AUGUCUCUUCCCAAUCGUCCUAUCUUCACCCCUGCUCCCUCCUCCUCAUCUCUGAAACCUCCCAUUCGAAGGGCCCAAACCGGAACACCAUCUGGAUCCCUUCCCCGGAACAUCAGCAGACGCACCCAGACAGACGUGGACACCAACAGACUACAACCGCAGCAGCAACACUCCUACGAGGAUGCAGCGGAACACAAGAUCUUCCACUUCGAUUCAGAUAACGACAGAGAAAACACUAAUAGAGAAGAUAUAAUAGAGGAUCCUCACGAUGCCACCGAUCAUCAUAUCGACACCUACCCUCCCUCAUCAUUCCAGCCGUUCUUCACCCUAAUCGAAGACGAGAAUAGCUCCGAAUACUACCAUCCAACAGUCCACUACAUAUUCUCCGAUGAUGACGCGGAAAUCGUCACCGAGGCAGCCUUGCGGGCACUUGAAACGAGCCGACCAGACAGCCAAAAGUCCUCCACGAAAGACACGGGAACGCACCGACAUCAGCAGCAUCAUGAAGUGGGCCUAGACGGGACACAAAUGGACGAGGAAAACUCCAGAUCCGCAUCAUCAAAUUCAAUGAAGAAGUCAUUGCUCCCUCCGCCCAUCCCGGGAGUAAGGGAAAAUUAUGUAAUACUUGACGUCGAGCCUGUGUCGUCCGAAACCACUGACAAUGUCCCUGGUGCUGGUAGUGCUGGUACGGCAGACCAAGGGGGAACAAGAUCCAUAUCUACAUCCCCAGCUGCAGUGUCAGCUGCCCAUCCCCUGCCUCAGCAACAACAAUUCAAAGUGACAUCCGCCUACAGUCUCACCCCCAAAUGGCAAGUCCUGGAUACACAGCUCGUUCCCGCGCCGACGUUUGAAAAUAACGUCUCCGAUGAAACACAAGGGCAGGAACAUGGACAGGGCCAGCGUGGCUUGAUGCUCAAGAUUCUCGGUACGUCUGGUUUGCCGCCGAGCAAUCUUGUGGGAAGAGAUAAAGGUAGCCAGAGACUAGAGGAAAUGAUGGAUCAGUUCUCGAAGCGAAUGAAAGAAUUGAGAAGAGUUAUCGAGGUGGGUGAAAAGAUGGGGGGGUGGAACGACGCGGAGAACCAACAAUAG